AUGCACGUCAACACCCGGUGUACCAACUGCAGCACAAACAACACUCCCCUCUGGAGAAGAAACGCCAACGGCGAGCCGCUUUGCAACGCCUGUGGUCUCUUUUACAAGCUUCAUGGCGUCGUCCGCCCCCUCACCAUGAAAACCGACGUCAUCCGCAAGCGCAACCGC